GCGAGAGUGUCCGCAAGAGACAUAUAUAAAAAAGCGGGAGGGAAACACAACAGGAAGGAAGCCAGAACAUCAACCACGACAUCAAUACCACAGAUCACACCGCAGUUGAGGACUUCAAAAGUCAAAACCUAGGUCAAGAUGCACCAGUGGGCCUCGCUCGCGGCAGCGGUCGCGCUGCUAGCCAACGGCGCCACGGCACAGUUCAACAUGCUGCGGUUCGCGUGCUCGCAGCUGGUGGUGGACCGCGUCGACCCGCUGGUCAACCCGGGCAUGCGCUACACGCCGCACCUGCACCAGAUCGUCGGCGGCAACUCGUUCAACCUGACCAUGACGCCGGUCGAAUUCGACCUGGCCAAGCGGUCGACCUGCACGUCGUGCACCUUCCACCAGGACAAGUCCAACUACUGGACCGCCGUCAUGUUCUUCAAGCAUAAGAACGGAUCCUACCACCGCGUGCCCCAGACCGGCAACGGCGGGCCGCAGGGCAAGCUCGUCAACAAGGGCGGGCUGGACGUGUACUACAUUCCCAGCGGCAAGGUGACGGCGUUCAAGCCUGGCUUCCGCAUGCUGGCCGGCAACGCGGCCAACACGGACGACAGCAAGGUGUCCAAGGGCAACAUCUGCCACCGCUGCUGGACGUCGACCAGCGAGGACAACUUCGUGGGAGGGGCGCCCUGCACCGGCUCCGACACGGUGGGCAUCCCGCAGGACACCAAGUGCAAGAUGAUCCGCCAGACCAUCAUCUUCCCGACCUGCUGGGACGGCAAGAACCUCGACUCGCCCGACCACAAGUCGCACAUGACCUACAGCGGCACCGGCGCCUCGGGCGGCGGCAACUGCCCGUCCACCCACCCGGUCAAGGUGCCCCAGGUCAUGUACGAGCUCAUGUGGGACGUCAGCCAGUUCGCCGACCGCAGCAUGUGGCCCGACUCUGGUCCGGCUUUCAUCUACAGCAUGAACCUUGGUGGCUCGGCCGCCCACGGCGACUACGUCUUCGGCUGGGAGGGAGACAGCCUGCAAAAGGCCAUGGACAACCAGUGCAACCUCAACGUCGCCUGCCCCCGCGCUGGCCUCACCGUCCAGACGCCGGAUCAGUACAGCGCCUGCACCAUCAAGCAGCAAGCUCCUGAGCCCGUCGACGGCUGGCUCAAGGCCAUGCCCAUGGGCGAGAUGGCCGUGCGUGCUUAAUUCAGGGCUCUUAUUACAAUACUAUAUCCCCCGGGUCGGCGAAGGAAAACGGAGAUGACAGGCACGCCACCCACUUCUGCUUCGCCGUUUACUCUCUGGCAAGCAACGCUGCC